AUGACAAAAUUUUCAAAUAUUUUAUAUAAAGAUAUUAUUGAAAUAUUAAUAAAAUUAAUAAUAAAUAAAUCAUUAAAUCAAUGUGUGUGUGAUAAUUUUGAAAGUAUUUAUAAUAUAGAUAAUCAAAUAGUUUAUGAAAUAAGGGAAUACAGUUUAGUUUCAAAAUAUUUUUUUAAAAUAGUAUCAAAUGCAUUACAAGAAAAUAUAAAUAUAAAUAAUUAUAGUGUUUUAAAAAGUUUUUUCAAUAUCAAAAAGAAAAAGGUUUUAAAUAGAAUAUCAGACAACACUUUAAAUAUAGUUAAUAUUUUCAAAGAAGAUAUUAUUGGAUCUGAUGAAAUCAAUAGCUUAGAGAAUUGCAAAUUUAAUUUAUUAAUUAUGAUUAAAGACUAUAUGGAGCCUCUUGGUUAUCUAAGCCGUUUAAAGGUCAACAUAAAUAAACUAUAUAUUAAUGGAUCCAAUUUCCUAUUUUAUCACAUAGUAAACAAAUCAGUGUUUCAUAUAAUCGAAAGAUUUAAUCCAAAAGAAAUAGAAUUCGAGCCAAUAGAACCAAGAUUUCAUAGUAACUUUUCAAAGUUGUUCAGUAUUAAAUCUAUAGAAAAAAUAACCAUCUCAAGUGGUGACCAUGUCGAGCCUCAAAACUUUUCGCGCUUUGACAACGAAGCUACAAAUCUAAAAUACCUAUCAAUUCCAAUUUUAUUUCAUAAUAUAAUUAGAUCAGCAAAUGGUACAAAUGAUUAUGAAAACGGAUGCGAUCCAUUAUACUACGGAGCUCACAAUGCCUCUGCAUUAAAGGAAUGGAAAUCAAUGAUCAAUGUAUUGGCCAGUAAUAAAACGAUUGAUUAUUUAGUUUUAAAGAAUUUUUGUCUUAAUGAAAAAUGUAUAGAUACAAAGUUAAAUUGCUCAUUGGUUACAAAGGGUCUAAAAAAACUACUUCAACUAAAUUCAACUUUAAAGACCCUAGGUUUAUUCGACUUGGAUUUCUUUGACGAUGAGAUUGAAGCUGGUUUGAUAAAAAACACAUCCAUUAACCAUUUAAUAUUGUUUAAUGAGUCUUUUCAAGUCACCAAUAAUUCAUUAUCAAGAUUAUUUAAAAAUAUUUUACCAUUUAAUAAAUCAAUUCAAAAUAUUUUCUUUAAAUGGACUUUUUCUUUACAUUAUUUGUUUGAAUUUAUAAAUGAAAAUUUAUAUUCAAAUAAUAAUAAUAAUAAUAUAGUUACCUUAUCUUCUCUUUCUAUUCAUUUAGAAAAUAUUGAAGAAGAAUCAAAUAUCCAUAUUUUUAAUAGCGAAUUAAACUAUUCAGAAAAAUUAAAUAUUUCCGAAAUUUAUAUUUUUUAUAAAAAUAAAUUAGUUUAUCAAAUUAUAAAUAGCAAAGUAUUGGUUUUUUUAAAUAAAUAG